AUGGAUAGUGAAUUAACAUCAUCGAUCAUCCUUUUUUCAUCUCUCAUAUUUCUUGCAUUGUUAUGGAAUGUAAUCACUCGUUCCAAAGGUGCCCGAAAUUCAUCGAUAAAUCUUCCGCCGGGGCCGAGAAAGCUGCCGGUCAUCGGGAACUUGCACCUCCUCAUCAGUUCCCGACCACCCCAUCAUAUUUUAGCCGACUUGGCGAAAAAAUAUGGGCCGCUGAUGCACUUGCAGCUAGGUGAAAUCAGCACAGUUGUUAUAUCGUCGCCGGAGACAGCAAAAGCGGUCAUGAAGACGCACGACAUCAACUUCGCUAAUAGGCCAUCCCUAUUUGCGACAAAGAUUAUAACUUAUGAGAAUUCUGACGUAGCAUUCUCUCCCUACGGCGAAUACUGGAGACAGUUGCGAAAAGUAUGCACAAUAGAGCUGCUGAGCGCGAAGCGCGUCCAAUCUUUUCGUCCCUUAAGGGAACAAGUGUUGUUCGAUAUGUGCAAAUGGAUAGCUUCGAAAGAAGGCUCGUCGAUAAACUUGACUGAAAAAGUUUCCUUGGCGACUUGUGACAUGGUUUUGAGGGCAGCCCUUGGCAAUACAAUUGAUGAACACGAAGCCAUGGCAUUCGCGGCUAAGGAAGUAUUGGAGUUACUCGGAGGAUACUAUGUCGGCGAUCUUUUUCCCUCCAUCAGUUUGUUGCAAGCAAUUGGCGGAUUUAGAGGCCGCGUGAAGAACGUGCACAAACUAUCCGAUACCAUACUCCAAAAGAUUAUCAACAGCCGAAAAGUAGCCAAACCUCAAGGCGAACAGGAGGAAAACUUAGUCGAUAUUCUCCUCAAAUUCCAUAAGGAUACCGGCCAUGAGCACCAAUUUAGUGAUAAAAACAUAAAAGCUGUGCUACAGGAUAUGUUCAUGGCUGGAAUCGAAACAUCAUCGACGGCUACAGAUUGGGCUAUGGCAGAACUAAUGAGACAUCCAAGAGUCCUUAAGAAGGCACAAGAUGAGCUGAGAUGGGUUUUCCGCGACAAGGGUUUUGUUGAUGAGUCUGACUUCGAUGAGCUAAAGUACCUAAAGUUAGUUGUCAAAGAGAUUUUCCGAAUGCACCCACCGGGGCCUCUACUGCUCCCGAGAGAAAACAAAGAGUCCUGUAAGAUCAAUGGAUACACAAUACCUGGAAAAUGUAAUGUUGUGGUGAAUGCAUGGGCCAUUGGAAGAGAUCCCAAAAUCUGGAAAGAUGCCGACAGCUUUAUACCGGAGAGAUUUCUCGACAACAAUAUUUCAGUCGAUUACACCGGGAAGAGUUUCGAAUUCCUCCCUUUUGGUUCUGGGAGAAGGAGCUGUGCUGGAAUGACAUUCGGCCUCACAAAUGUCGAAGUCCCGUUGGCAGUGUUACUCUACCACUUUGAUUGGGUUUUGCCUGAGGGAAUGAAACCUGAAGAUGUGGACAUGGCAGAACGCUUCGGGGUUGCAGCAGGAAGGAAAAAACCUCUUUUCGUGAUUCCCAAAUUGAGAAACCCUUUGCCUUCGUCAAAGUAAAAUGGAGGGACACUAUCUUACUUAA